CUGAAAAAUAGCGAUAGAAGAGAAUCCUUUCAUCUCAAAUUUUAGAUCUUGUCUAUGUUUAUUAGUUUGGUGCCUCAUUUAUUUGAACCAAUGGACAAACUUCUCUUCAGUUCUUCUAGCAUCACAUUUCUUUCAUCUGUCAUUUUAGUUACUUCUUCUAUAUCAGUUAAGUGCUCAAUUGUUUUUGGAAAUAUAGAGACACUAGCUCAAUGGUUAAUUCACCUUUUAAUAGCUGCUGCAAUUGCUUUUGAGACUAUACCUCCAACAUUGGUCCAAAACUGUGGGGUGACUGUGAUUUGGACAAUGACUGCAAUGCAGGGGAAGCAUGCAAAUGGUGAGAAUGCAUGGACAUGGAUAGAUGGAAAUACUAGGGAGGUUGCUGAUAUGAAAGAAUGAAAGAUCUGUGAUUCUUACACUGUUAAAGCACAAACUUUUAAGUCUGCCAUUGAAGCUGCUUGUAUGCUUCUGAGAAUUGAUGACAUUGUAAGCGGUAUAAAGAAAAAGCAAACCCCUGAUGCAGGCCAGGCUCCAUCAAAGCUUUUUUUGAGU